UCUGUCUUCCUGCGUCCCUUCCCAUUCGAGAGGAGAGUCGCCGGCCCGGCCUCGACCUCCCCGCCUCCCAGGGCUGUGGGGGCCCACCGCGCUCUGCGACGCCCGCCACGAGGAGUCGCUCCACGCCAAGCGUCUGGAACAGCCCGGUUCCCGCGGGACUCGCCCUGCCCCCUGCGACCUUCUUUCCCUUUCCGCUCAGUCCGCCUCCGGAAGCUCCGGUCGCCACGGCGCGAGCAGGAGGCUGCGGGAGCGCGUGCGCGUGCGCGAAGCCGGAACGCCGCGGCGGCGCGGGGCGGCUGCCAUGGCCGCGGCGUCCAGAUAUAUUUUUGCCAUCAUGGAUCGGUUUGGAGAUAUAUCAGAAGGUGAAGUGGACCAUUCUUUCUUUGACAGUGACUUUGAAGAGGCAAAGAAAUGUGAAAGUAACUCAGUUUUUGACAAGCAAAAUGAUGACCCUAAAGAGGAGAUAGAUAAGGAUACAGAAAAUGAAGACUUAAGAGUUGGAAUACAGAGAAGGAAAAAUGAUCUUGAGAAGGGAACAGAAAGAAACGAGACAAUUCCUACAGAACAGCACCCUGUAGAAAAUGAUAAUAUGCAAACUACAAAUUCUUUGUCAUUGACCACUUCUUCAAGAUCGAAAUUGUGUGAUGCUCCAAUAGAACAUAAAAUCCACAUGCCCAUUCCAAGUAGCAUUCCCCAAGUUGUUAAAGAAGAUGAACAUGAUUACUAUACAGAUGGGGAGGAAAGCAGUGAUGAUGAGAAAAAGCCUCAUGUCAGGUCCAGGUCAGUUAAACCAUCUCAUAACUUUAAAAAAAGUAUAAGUAAAAGGUAUUCUAAAAGAAGUUCCUGUUCCUCUUUGUCCUCCUCGUCUUCAAGUUCAGACUCUUCAGACACUGGGUCUGAUGUCUGUAUAUCUGGUUCAUCUCCAUCAUUAAAGAAGCGUGAAUCUGGUGUAACCCCCUUGUCAGCCAAACAGAAAUACAGACCAGCAGAAAAAUCGGCAGGAGCACAACCUUCUAGCACUAAACCAAAAGUUGGUGACUACACCGAGGAAUCUGAAGACACUGUGACAGAUGUCACUCCUUUAUCAACUCCAGACAUUAGCCCUGUUCAGUCUUUUGAACUGGGGGCAUCAAGCAAUCAAAAAGUGAAAGUUAAAAGGCAAGAAAACGUGGGUCAAGAAGUAUAUGAAAAUGUUGAGGAUUUUAAAGAUAAUUCAAAAUCUUUGAAAUCAGUCAAAAAAGGGAAAGAAAAACAGGAGCCCAGUUUCACUUCAAAGUCAUCAGUGUUAGAUUCCAAUUUAGACCACAGAUAUAAACAAAAAGCCAUACAUGACACAAUGGACCUGAAUCAUCUUUUAAAAGCUUUUCUGCAAUUAGAUAAAAAGGGACCACAAAAACAUCACUUUGAUCAGCCUUCAGUAGCACCUAGGAAAAACUACUCUUUCUCAAGAGAGGAGGUUAGACAGAUUGAUCGGGAGAAUCAGAGGCUUUUGAAAGAACUGUCGAGACAGGCUGAAAAACCAGGAAGCAAAAGUACGAUUCCAAGAAGAUCGACUGGUCCCCCCCCUAAGUUAUAUCACAGUGCUCUCAACAGACAGAGGGAACAACAAAGGAUUGAAAGAGAAAAUUUGGCUUUAUUGAAAAGGCUUGAAGCUGUGAAACCGACAGUUGGUAUGAAACGCUCAGAACAGCUGAUGGACUAUCACCGCAACAUGGGCUACCUCAGCUCUUCCCCCGCCUCCAGACGUGUGAGGUCCACUCUUGGCCAAUACAGCCCAUUAAGAGAUGCUUCCAGGACAUCCAGUGCUACCAGUGGUCUCAGUUGUAAGAGUGAGCGAUCAGCUUUUGACACAUCCAGCGGCCAUUUGCUAAGACCUAAGCCCCCUAAUGUCCGUACAGCUUGGUUAUAAAACUCUUUUUACUUUAAACAUUGUUCAUCCAAUUCUUACUGAAGUGCUCUUGCAUAUUACCAUAAUUCUCUGUGUAAAAAUCUAUAAUACUGUUUUCAUCAAUUUAAAGUGUAUAACAAUGACUCGUAAUUUAUUGUAAUUCAAUGCAACAUUGCUUUCAGAAAGACAAUUUAAUAUAAAAUCAGUGUUUCCUGUGAGAAGGUGUUUAUAUAUGGAGACAUGUAUUUCAUAGAGAAAUGGUAGCAUGCAUGUGUAUUUUCUCAACAUAGAAACAGGUUCAGCUGUCAGACAGGCAAAAGAGUUGUGACAGUAUCAUUCCACGUUGGACCUGAGGUGUUAGCUAUAUAGGUCUUGUUUAAUGUGUUUUUUUGGUUUUUUUUCAUUUCUUAUAAGCUUUAUACCAUGGGCAUAGCUCCUGACUUUGUUUCCUGUUUGCUUCAGAACUUGGGUGGUGUGACUUAUAACUUCAUUGUAAGAUAGUUACACUUGCAUAUAAUGAAACAAAUCUUGAAAUUUGUUUUCAUUGGUGGAGCUCAUUUAGAUUUGAUGAGCAAAUUGAGAGAAGCUUGGCUUGGAGCAUCCUUGUGAUUCACCAGAGGUCUCUACUACUCCUCUAGUGCACUGAGUUAGAUCUUAAACCCUUUAUCACCCAUUCCAAACCAUUUCUAACUGUAUUAGAAAGUUCAGCUUAGAAGCUCCUCUUUCAUGUUUUUUAUACAUUCGGGGGAAGUACUGUUAAUAAUUCUGAGGAAUUAGGUUUCUUUAGAGCUACAGUCUACUGCAUUGUGACUAGCUUGUUCAAAGACCAACUCAUCAUAAGCGGAAGCAAGUAUUUGUUGAAUUAGCAAAAUAGCACCACCAGUUUGAAGAGCCAAGAAGCAAAUCCUGAGUUGUUAGAACAGUGUUUGAGUGAUGCUGUGAACAGAUUGUGUUAAAUUUGGUGUUUCUUGUUUUAAGUGAGAAGAAAAAUGAGAAAAGACAUGCAUUGUCUCACAGCUUUAAAAAUUCCAGCUAGUGUUUUUAAGGGCUGAAAAAUAAAACUAAAAUAUGAACAAUAAAGGGGAAAAAAAUCA